CAAGGGUUUGCUGUCCUGUUUACUGACUGUUACACCUGAGGCUGAUUUUGAUACAGAUUCUGGAUAUUGCAGGGCAAGCUCUCGAGUUCCUUUUGAGAAGAAGCUGCCCUCCAUCGAGAUGUCACGGCACCACAGCCGGUUUGAAAGAGAUUAUCGGGCUGGGUGGGAUCGCCGGGAUUGGAGCUCCAACGGCAAUCACGUCAGCAGCACUAACUGCAGCAGCGCUGUGAGCACCAACAGCAACAACCGCCCCGGGCUGCUGCCCCUGCCCAUCGUCCCGUCUCGGCCCCCCGCCGCUUGCACCACUGUCAACAGCGAUGUGAUCACGAGCCUGGUGGCCAACUCGUCUCCAGCUUCAACUACCAAAACACCUUGCAUUUCCAAGACUGAAAAUCAGCCUCAAGGACUUGCAACAAGCGUCAGGUGGGGACAGACACCCAUCAAUCAGUCAACGCCCUGGGACACUGAUGAGCCUCCAUCUAAACAGAUGAGGGAGAAUGAAAAUCCAGGUGCAGCGCCCUGGGUCACCACGGUGGCGGCAGGCAGCCAGCCCACCCUGAUCACGCAUUCCUACGGGAUGACACAACCGCCCACCUUCCGC